CCCCAACCACCAUGCAACUCAUCUACUUCGCCCUCUCCCUCUUCUUCCUUCUAUCACUCUCUUCCACGGCCUUCUUCUGUCUCUAUCUCUCCUUCUUUAAAUUCUACUGCUUCUCCAAAAACCGCUUUUAUUCCCCUCCGUCAUACCCUCUCAUCGGCUGCUUGAUCUCUUUUUACAAAAACCGGCGCCGCCUUCUAAGCUGGUACACCCACCUCCUUUCCCACUCUCCCACUCAGACCAUUGUGGUGAAUCGCCUUGGUUCGAGGCGGACCGUUGUCACCGCCAACCCCGCCAACGUCGAGCACAUGCUCAAGACCAAUUUUGUUAACUACCCUAAAGGGAAGCCGUUUACUGAUAUACUCGGCGAUCUCCUCGGCUGUGGCAUUUUCAAUGUCGACGGCGAUUUAUGGUCCACCCAACGCAAGCUUGCUAGCCAUGAAUUUUCCGCUAAGUCUGUUAGGGAAUUCGUCGUUAAGACACUUGAAGAUGAAGUUCAUCUCCGUUUGAUUCCGUUGCUCCAUAACGCUGCUCGAACUAACGCCGUCCUCGAUUUGCAAGAUGUCUUGGGAAGACUCGCUUUUGACACCGUUUGUAAGGUGACUGUAGGUACAGAUGAGCAGUGCUUGGACAUGUCGCGCCCAGUACCGGCAAUAGUAAAUUCAUUGGACACGGCAACUGGGAUCAGCGCAAGGAGGGCAGUAGCGCCACUUUUUGUCACGUGGAAGGCCAAGCGCAUGCUCAACGUCGGCUCCGAAAAGAAGCUCAAAGAAGCGGUGGAAAUGGUCCAUGAAUGGGUCUCCAACAUCAUUCAUAACAGAAACCUGAACAAUAGUAAUACGCUCGAUCAUAACCACACACACGGCGAUUUGUUAUCUCGCCUCUUGUCGGCCGGCCACAGCCAGGAAGUGGUUAGAGACAUGGUCGUCAGCUUCAUAAUGGCCGGCCGUGACACUACCUCCGCCGCCAUGACGUGGCUUUUCUGGUUGCUCACUAAGCACCCCAAAGUCGAACAGGCCAUAGUGGACGAAGCCAUUAAAUUGUCUGGCGAUUCCGAAACUGCGUCGUUGGGUUAUGGUUACGAAGAAUUGAAGGAUAUGAAGUAUUUGAAGGCGUGUUUAUGUGAGUCCAUGCGGCUAUACCCGCCGGUGGCUUGGGAUUCGAAGCACGCAGCGGCGCCGGAUAUCCUGCCGGAUGGAACUCCGGUGAGGAAAGGGGACAGAGUCACGUAUUUUCCGUAUGGAAUGGGGCGGAUGGAGGAGCUGUGGGGGAAGGACCGACUCGAAUUCAAACCGGACCGGUGGUUCCAAAACGGGGAGUUGAAACCGGUGAGUCCGUUCAAGUUCCCGGUGUUUCAAGCCGGUCCAAGGAUGUGCUUGGGAAAGGAAAUGGCGUUCAUUCAGAUGAAAUACGUGAUGGCCACGGUUUUGAAGCGGUUUGAAUUUAGACCGGCGAAUGAAAAUGCGCCGGUUUUUGUCCCCUUGUUGACAGCUCAUAUGGCUGGUGGACUGAAGGUUUAUGUGGGGGAAAGGAAAGAACAAAAGUCAACCAUCUAG